CUUAACUGACGUCGUCGUCGGCACUGCUAAAUUUGGUGUAUUUAUUUAGAACAAGGAGAACACGUUAUGUAUAAAAAUGGGCCUGUAAAGAUGUACAAAGUCUCUCCAUUGUAUAACAUUUUACCAGAAAUUAGUUUACCUACUUGUAUGUAUAAAAUGGAGAAUUUACUAAAAGAAGGACCGGUUGCCGGAUCACAAAAUCAGGAGGAUCAAAAUUUGAUUGAAUUAGAAAAACGUCAACUUAGUAUAAUAGAAAAGUUAGAAGGUUUAAAGGAGAAAGUUAUGCAAAUGAAAAAGGAGCUUAAUGUCACAACUCAUCAGCCUCUGCCAAAGUUCCAAGAUGUCGUUAUAAAAGCCAACCCUGACUCUCCUCCACUUAGUCUCUGGAUUCUCUAUCAAAUGCUUUCUCAGUCCAUGCCUGUAAAAUUAGUGACUUACCUGCAUUCUUCUUUGUUGCAUCUUCCAGAAAACGUUAAAAACUUGCAAAAUGUUUCAAAUUCAGAGUCUUCUCAAAUUUCAUUAACAGUUAUUUGGAGAGAAGGGAACAAGGACCAUGAAAUGAUGAUUGAUCCAGUUCAUCAGGGUAUUAUUGAAGGUGAAGUUAAUAUUGCUAGGUACAUAUCAAGGUUGUUAUUUCUGAACUACGACGAAGAUCCUAUCUCAGCAACACUGAUAGAUGAUUGGCUUGAAGUUGCCCAUUCAUCACUGAUACAUGGCAACAAUAAAGAUCGCCAAGCAGCUCUGAAAUCCUUGAACUCUCAUCUUGGUAAAAAUAGUUUCUUAGUUGGCAAUUCGUUGACUGUAGCCGACAUAAUCAUCUGGAGUUCCCUUCUUCAAACAAAAUUGCAUGAUGGUUUGCCAUCUAAUGUUUCAAAAUGGUAUAAAUCCCUAUCAGAAAAUGAAAUGUUUCACCUCUGCCACACAUUAUGUUCUUAGCUGUUAAUAAUUAAUAAAUUAUUAAUAAAUACUUU